CUUGCGUACCAAAGUUACUAUGCUGAGAGACAAUAGGAACAGUCGCCGACGAAAUGAUUUAUCGUGAAUGUAGUGUUCUAUAUCUACCUGCUGAGAAUGACUGAGGUCGUGGUGAGAGCUGUGGAAAAGACCCUCGAAGACGUGGCGGAUCUUGACGGGCACCGGUCUUCUUCCUGUUCGUCCGGGAUCGGGUCGUUCUCCUCGCGUCGUAGUUCUCCGGGUGAGCGUGGCUUUUCCGCCGCACCAAGCCGCGGUGGUGGUGGAGGUGCAAAUGAGGAUGACUCGUUAUCGACGGGGCAGCUGUCCCCGUCAGUGACCCCUGGCUCCCUCCCGCCAUGUUCGCUGGGGAAACACUACACGCUGCUUGUUGCUCUCUGCAGUUUUUCACCUCUCUAGGCGCUUUUACUAGAGAGUAUCGAUAUCAGAUUACGGAGCAGCGGACGGAGCAGGUAUACGGAGAUCAGUCCCUCCGCCCACGUGGCGGACCGAUGAGCUUGCGGCUAGCAACGCGAGGUUGCAUCAGGAAGGUCGCUGUGUCUUGGUGGAGGAGCUCUCUCGGAGGGUUUGGCUGGUCCAGAAACAUGGCCGACAGCAGCGGGAAGAUGGCGACGGCGGCGGGCGCGCAGGAGCCCGGCGGGCCGGUCGUGAAGACUGAGAAACAGCUGAAGAAAGAAGCUGCGAAGAACGCCAAGCUGGCCAAGUACCACGAGAAGAUGGCCAUGCAGAAGGCUCAGAACGCGGGGGAGCAAGCAAAACCAAAGGAGAAGAAACCAGUGGGGAAGAAAGCUCCGACUUCAUUCACCUACGACAUUCCUACUCCUCCGGGAGAGAAGAAAGACGUGACGAUUCCUCUGCCGUCGGCCUACAGCCCUCCGUUUGUGGAGGCAACGUGGUACGCGUGGUGGGAGAAACAGGGCUUCUUCAGUCCGGAGUAUGGGAGAAGGACAGUUAGUGACCCUAACCCUAAAGGAUCAUUCAUCAUCACCCUCCCUCCUCCCAACGUGACUGGGACCCUUCAUCUCGGCCACGCCCUCACCAACGCCAUCGAGGACUCCAUCGUCAGAUGGCACAGGAUGAAGGGGCGGACGGUGGUGUGGGUCCCCGGGAGCGACCAUGCUGGUAUAGCCACUCAGGUGGUUGUGGAGAAGAAGCUGAUGAGAGAGAGGGGGUUGUCGCGACAUGACAUCGGGCGAGAGAAGUUCAUUGAAGAGGUGUGGAAGUGGAAGCAAGAGAAGGGGGACAGAAUCUACCACCAGCUGCGGAAAUCCGGGUGCUCCCUGGACUGGACCAGAACCUUCUUCACCAUGGACGAGAAUCUGUCGCGGGCUGUGAAGGAAUGUUUCGUUCGUCUCCAUGACGAGGGAACCAUUUACCGCAGCAACAGACUCGUCAACUGGUCAACUCGUCUCAAAUCGGCCAUCUCUGACAUUGAGGUGGACAAGGUUGAGCUGGAGGGGAAAACCCUGCUAUCAGUGCCGGGAUACGACAGGAAAAUCGAGUUUGGACAACUGGUUUCCUUCGCCUAUCGUCUUGAGAACUCAGAAGAGGAGAUCGUCGUGGCAACGACCCGUAUCGAGACCAUGUUAGGAGACACAGCUGUUGCAGUUCAUCCUCAGGAUCCCCAAGACAUGGUGGGGAAGCUGUGUGUCCAUCCGUUCUGCGAGCGUCGACUGCCUAUUGUGGCCGACGACUUUGUAGACAUGAACUUUGGUACGGGCGCAGUCAAAAUCACCCCCGCCCACGACCACAACGACUACGAAUGUGGGAAGAGGAACAACCUCGAGUUCAUCGAGAUGAUGAAUGACGAUGGUUACAUCACCAACAUCUGCCCCCAGUUCCAGGGUAUGAAGAGGUUCGAUGCCCGGACGGCUGUGCUGGAAGCACUGAAAGAGAAGGGGCUGUAUCGCGAAACCAAGGACCACGCCAUGGUGGUGCCUGUGUGCAGUAGGUCCAAGGAUAUCGUGGAACCACUCAUCAAGCCACAGUGGUGGCUAAACUGUACCGACAUGGCCAGGGACGCCGCCGAGGCGGUGAAGUCAGGCGCCAUGAGGCUGAUUCCCUCCUCCCACGACCGGACAUGGUACCACUGGCUGGGGAACAGCCGCGACUGGUGCAUCUCACGUCAACUGUGGUGGGGUCAUCGAAUCCCAGCCUACUUCGUGACCUUUACUGACCCCAGCAUGCCUCGCGGUGAUCCGAAAGAGGGCGAGUAUUGGGUGAGUGCGACGUCCAAGGAGGUUGCACUGGAAAGAGCUGCGAAGAAAUUCAAAAUUGCCAAAGAGAAGAUUGUCCUGAAACAAGACGAAGACGUCCUGGACACCUGGUUCUCCUCCGGGCUCCUCCCAUUCUCCAUAUUUGGAUGGCCCGACCAAACAGAAGAUCUGAAGACCUUCUAUCCCAACUCACUACUGGAGACUGGUCACGACAUCCUCUUCUUCUGGGUUGCCAGGAUGGUGUUCUUUGGGCAGAAGAUAAUGGGACAUGUCCCUUCUCUGAGGUCUCCCCUCUCUUCUUCUUCUUCUCCCUCCCGUCCAUUCCUCUCUCCCUCUCCUUCUCUCUCUUCCUCUCUCCCUCUCCUCCUCCCUCCCACCCUCACUAAAACCACUCCCUCCCCUCCUCCACAGGUGUACCUGCAUGCGAUGGUAAGAGAUGCUCACGGGAGGAAAAUGAGCAAAAGUCUUGGAAAUGUCAUCGAUCCUCUGGAUGUCAUGGGAGGCAUCUCCCUCCUGGAGCUACAGAAGAAACUGGAAGGUGGAAAUCUCGAUCCAAAGGAGGUGGAGAGGGCCAAGACCGGCCAGAAGGCUGACUACCCUGACGGUAUCCCAGAGUGCGGCACGGACGCCAUGAGGUUUGCCCUCUGCGCCUACACAGCCCAGGGCCGCGACAUCAACCUAGACGUGAAGAGGGUCGUCGGCUACCGAUUCUUCUGUAACAAGAUCUGGAACGCCAUGAGGUUCUCCCUCACUAAUCUGGGAUCAGAGUUCACUCCAAACUCCGCCCAGGAGCUAACUGAUCAGGAGACUGUCAUGGAUCGAUGGAUCCUCAGCCGGCUCUCGGUUGCCGUCGACGACUGUAACCGUGGUUUCGCGGAGUACGAUUUCCCGCUGGUGACCUCGGCGAUAUACAACUUCUGGGUGUACGAGUUAUGUGAUGUGUAUCUGGAGACCCUCAAGCCAGUCCUGUAUGGCGAUGACACUAGUGCCAAGAACGUCGCCAGAAAUGUUCUCUAUACAUGUCUAGAGACAGCUCUCCUCCUCAUCUCCCCGUUCAUGCCGUUCCUGUCGGAGGAGCUCUACCAGAGAUUGCCACGUCGAUCCCCCUCCUCCCCUCCCUCCAUCUGCGUCACCCCCUACCCCGAACAGCUGAAAUACCACGACCCGGCUCUGGAUGCGAGGGUGAAGCUGACACAGGAAGUUGUGCGCGUCAUUCGCUCCAUGAAACAAGACUACUUGCCAGCCAAGGCCAAGCCAGAGGUACACCUGGUCUGCCACACCCCCGAGGCCUCUGACAUCCUCUCACAGUUUGUGGGCGUGGUCACCACUCUCAGCCAGUGCAGCAAAGUGAAUGUGAUGGGAGGGGAGGGGAGGGUCCCUGGAGGCUGCACCAUGACGACCGUGGGGGCCAGCGUUCAGGUGCAUCUCCAGCUGAAGGGACUGGUCGACUUUGACAAAGAGGUGAGCAAGUUGGAGGAAAAGAUUCGUAAGAUCAACUCUCAACUGGAAAAACUGGUCAAACAAGAACAGGUGGACGGCUACGAAGAAAAGGUGCCAAUAGAGGUGAGAGACGCGACGAGGGAAAAGACACAGUCACUGGAGACCGAGAGAGGACAGCUGGAGGGAGCUCUGGCCGGAUUCCGUUCCAUGAAGGAAUGA